UUAUCAAAAUGCGGUCCUAAAUCUAGCUGACUGUCAUGGCGGCCCGCAUGCUCCGGUUUUAUUGAUUCUAUCUGAUUGAGCGAGCUUAAAUGAAUACCGCUUUGAGUUUAGCAAUGAAUAAGCUCCUCGGAGCAACGAGGUGUCUGGCGAAUGCAGCUCUUUCCGGACAGUCGACGACUACGUUGGGUUCCCUGAGUCCGCGACGGUUCAUGUACACGGACUGGAGGAUGGCCCGUGACGCAAAACGACGCAGAAUCGUGAAGGAAUACGCCCGUCUGAGGAUCAACAUAAAUUCUCUGCGAAAAAACGACAUCUUGCCCAGGGCACUUCAGGAAAUAGCAGACAAGGAGAUUGCUGAGCUUCCGCUGAACAGCUGUACAACGCGUAUCCACGGGCGAUGCGUGGUCACCUCCAGGGCUCGUUCCUUCGUCCGUCCCUGGCGCGUGUCGCGGAUAAUGUUCCGUCACUUUGCGGACUACAACUACAUGUCCGGGGUGCAGAGAGCCAUGUGGUAGUGGAUGCCUGAAGCAGUCUCUGCGUGAAACAUGUGGUCAAAUGUUGUCUUGUCUUUUCAUUCAGUUUUGUGCGAUCUGUCGUCAGCAGAGCUGGCUAGACUUUGAGCCCCGUUGAAAAAAGAAUUUCGAAACCUUGGAAGCAUGCCGAAAAAAGAAAGGCAUUACGGUAUUUUCAGUGUUGGAGAUUGAAAUGCUAGAAAUAAAAUAGUAGAUUCCCUUUGUGA